GGCGAGGAUGAUUCAGAGAUGUUUCGUCGAAAGUUCCGCGAAGAAUGGCAGACUGAGAGAAAGGGCAUGCUCCCUCCUCCGGACUCCGUUAAGCUCGCCGUGGAGCGGCUGACGGUCUUGGAGAGGGUGGAGGCAUCCCUCGGAUACGUCUUGGUGGUGGUCCCCGCGAUUCUUCUCUUCUUCGCGUACAUGAUGCCACGUGUCGUGAUGUGGCUGUGCGUCGGGAUCGCGCUCGCGGAGAGCCUGGUCAUGGCGAUGAGGUCGUCGAUGGCCUCGGGCUUGGUGGCCGACACGCCAUGUCGGGAUCUAAUCGUUCAGUUAGAGCCCUGGGAGACGAGGUACGACCUCUACAUUCAAGGGCUCAUCUUCCUCCGACCUGUCGGGAUGGGCUUGCUGGCAAGCAUGUCCACGUGGCUUCUCUGGUUCAUCCUGGCCGUCGACGUGCAAGGGAUCGAGGACCUCUACGGAGCAGACGCCGUCAAGAACAUGAAAGAGCUUAUCCUUCUCCUGUGCGCCUUCGUCUUCCUCAGGCUCAUCGUCUCCAUAGCUAUCGUGCUGACGUUGAUCUUCGACGGGAUCCCGUUCGCAAAGCCGUCGGUACUCAGACACGUGACGGAGUGGAGAAGACGCGCCCGUCGAUCUGCGGAUGAUGACACCUGGUGCGCUUCGUCGGCGACAUUGGCAGCAAGCCAAAGAGGAGGAGGAGGAGGAGGAGGAGGAGGAGGAGGGGGAGAUGGAGGUGGUGGGAAAACCGCGGUGGCAGCAGCGGCAGUCAGGAGAAGAAGAAGGUCGGGACCUGGUUCCAUGUCGAGCGGCUCCUCCUUGUCCAGUCUCAUCUUAUCUAGAUUACCACAGCCGCGGCGGGAGGAACAUUUCCCGCAAAGUCCGAAUGUCGGGAUCGUCUCGGUAUGGGAUAGAAAACCGGAGAAAGUGGACAAAGCCGCGAUGGCAUCGGCGGUUGGAAUGCACCGGCGCAGGAAAUUGCUGCCAGGUUCAGCCUCUGUGUUUGGCAUCGAGGAUCCCGAGGUCCUGGACAGCCAUCGGGGUCCCGUUCCAUGCCCCGGUGACGAGGCGGGGCAUGAAGACGGAGGAGGAGAUCUUGAUGGCGAUGAGCGUCUGAAGGCCUCGUUACUGCGGAGUGCUACGCGACGGGCCUCCAGAGAACUUAAUUCCCCCCGCCAGCAGCUCGUUCCUAGUCUUAUGCCACCUGUCUCUCCUCCUCCUCCUCCUCCUCCUCCUCCUCCUCCUCCUCCUCCAGCCCAUGCCGCUGUAUAUAACGUCAGUGGCGAUGGCAGCAGGUUCGGUAAUAGCUCCGCCGCCGGCGGCGAUGGCAGCAGGUUCGAUACUAGCUUGGGCGGAAAAGGUGGCCACAGCAGCAGCAGCAGCAGCAGCAGCAGCAGCUUGCUCUCCUCCCAACCUCCUCCUCCUCCUCCUCCUCAUCCAGGAGCGUUCGGUAUGAUCAUGCCACAUGGAGCGCUCCCGGGUGCCAGCCUUGCAUACUCAGCGUCGUCGUCCUCCUCUUCGUCGCUUCCGGCUUCGACUUCGUUGAUUAGCUCCUCCUCGGUAAUUAGCAGAAAAGGACGAGGUUCUUCUACGACCGCCACGUGGCAUGGUCCUAUGCUUGAGUCGUCGUCGAUGACGUCGACGAACGGUGGAGGUAUUACUAGUGUCAACCCGAGCCUCGGCGGCUCCUCGUUCAGGAGGUCAAUCUCUCUGGGAGCGUCGUCUCGUUCCGUGUCAUGGCGGUCGAGUUCGGGCUAUGCUUCCUCCUCCAUCUCUUUCUCCUUCACCAAUCGCGCCAUCGCCGGUCAGCUUGACGGAGGCUCCGAGACGCUCACGAUGGCCGCCAUCGCCGACCUUGAAGACGACGAGCCUACGGCGCAGGAAGACGCGAUUAUCAUGAUGAUGGAACCAGAGCGGCGACAGGCCAUGAUUGAUUCCAUCUUCGACGAGUACACGACCAUCGAUCCCAACGACGAAUGGAGAAGGGCGGAGAUCGUUUACACUCUCGAGCGGCUGUGGAGGACGCGACCAGCAGAGGAUCAAGGAGCAACAGCAGCGGCGGUAGCCCUAGCUGGACCUGUAGCAGAUGGAAGUGAUCAGCAUCGGCAUCAACUGUCGUUGUUGUCGUCGUCGUCGUCGCUCAUCAAGGGGAUCUCGUCGGGGACUGGAGCAGCAGGAAGAGGAGGAGGGGGGGUUACAGCGGAAGUUCCAGGUACGGCGGCUGCUGCCUUUCCAGGUAUGGCGGUUGCUGCCCCUCCUGGGAGAGACCGAUCAAUGUCUCCUUCUUCCCAUGCUUGUCCAUCUCCAUCUCCAUCUCCAUCUCCUCGUCGUCGUCCUCCUCCUCUCUUAAAACCUCCCCCUUCAAGUUCUCGCUCCCCUACCACUGCUGCUCCUCCCCCUCCUUCGUCUCCUCCUCCUCUUUCUCCCCGUUCUCCUAUUCCUCGUUCUUCACCUCCUCCUCCUCGCCCUCCCUCUCCGCGUGCUCUGCGCCCACCAUCUCCUCGUCCUCCGUCUCCACGCUCUCCUCACUCAGGUGCUUCUGUCUCUCCGCAAUCUCCUCACUCAGCUACUUCUCCUCAUCCUCCUUCUCCUUCCUCCUCAUCCGCUCGCCCGUCAUUUGCAAGGAAGUGGAAGUCUGGGAGCUAUUCCAACAUACAGCUCGACGAGCCGCAAGGGAUCCCGACGGGUGUACUUAGUCUACCAGAUUCUGAAGCGCCGCCCGAGAUGGUCCAUAGAUCCUCCUCCCCUCCUCCUCCUCCUCCCCCUCCUCCUGCUGCUGCUGCUGCUGCUGCUCCUUUUCACUCUAGUCGGUAUGAAUCGACGAGUAUGGAGAGUAACAAAGGGUGGAUUGAUGUCGGAAGGAUUUCCGUUGACGAGAGGUCAAACGUCGACGGCAUGGAAUCCGGACACGUGGUAGCAGCUCGGGGGGGGCAGUAUCCUCCACCUCCGCGGCAUUCUCCUCGGACCACCGAUCCCGAUCCCGAUCCCGAUCUCGGUGCAGAUCAGCAGCCUCCUGUUCGUCGGAUUGCCGAUCAGCAAUCCGAGGUGGUAGACGCUCCUCCCGUCUCUGGGUCGGGUUCGGGAUCGGGAGCAAUCAAUAGCGCUCUCGUCGGGGAACCGCAGACAGCAGCAGCAGCAGCAGCGGCGCGGGGAAGACAGACGAGAAACGACCCCUCCUCCUCGCACACCCUCCCUCCUCCUCCUCCUCCUCCUCCUCCUCCUCCUCCUCCUCCUGUUGCUGCUGCUCCUCCUGCUGCUACUGCUGCUCCUGCUCGUGUUGCUAUCUCCGCAGCUGUGGUGUAUCGGGAUCUGGAUGGGAGCUUGAUAGAAUCGUUCCAAAAGAGUGCUGUCUGGUACAUUCACUGCCAGCGGCAUCCCUCCCUGCUUCCAUGGGGAGGGCCCUCAGCGUUCUUCUCGCCGAGGAGGAGAAGAAGUGCUCGUGGACUUAUCCUCUCCUCCUCCUUCUCCUCCUCCUCUUCUUCUUAUCCAUCUGAUGGGAUUGUAGAUGCGCCGCCCUGUGGGCUGCCAGCUCACUGGGUUCUUGAUCUCGAUCAGCUGAAGGCUGCCGCCAGGAUGAUGGAUCUGCAUGAUUGCCACAUGGCAGUCGACGGUGGCGGAUGCGAUGCCAGCUCUCGAUGGCACUGGCCACGUGGCGGCGCGCAGUGUCGGGAAGAUUACAGCAGCCGGCGGGGUAUGGAGGACUAUGAGGAUGGGUGGUACGUGGGAGCACCAGGUCCGGUCUGCUCUCAGGAGGCCGCUCUGGACGGCCUGGCCCGCCUCGCUGCCGACACCCCUGAUGAGAACACGUGUCGCGCCAUCGUUGAUUCGGAUUACGGUGGAUUAGAGAGGAUCAUCGACGUGCUGACGCGGCAUCCAUCGCUGACGUGUCGAGAGCUCGCUGCAUCCGUCCUCUGGAAUCUCUGUCGAUCGGCGCCGACCGGUCGCCGGCGCUCGCACCGCGGUCGCCAUCCUCCUUCUUACGGAAGUUGUCCCUAUCAUGGACACCACCAACGACCAGCGAUGGCGAUCGCGUCCAGCCAUCCCGAUCGCGAUGUUCUCGCCGCCAUCCCAAUCGACAACAGGUCGCAUGCUCCACAGCCAACGACCACCAACGUCCAGUCGCACCCGCCGAUGACCGCGGCGAAAAGGCGGCCGACGACCAGGCCGCCUACCAAGCACGCUGGCAACGGAGAUGUAGCAGCAGCAGCACCGUGUUCAACAACACUAGGAGGAGGAGGAGGAGGAGGGUGGGGAGGAGGAGGUGCGCUCAUGGCGGGAUUCGACAGUCACUGGACAGCUGGCCAUGGUGGUCAGCCUGCCUCAGCAGCAGCAUUCUCGUCUACUCGCCCUCCUCCUCCUCCUCCUCCUGCUGCUGCUGCUGGUGGUGGUAGUAAUUCUGCUCCUGCUGCCGAGUCUGUUGAUCGCAUGGACCCUUAUCUUGAGGUCACUGUUUCGAGACUCGCAAGGAUUGGAUUGGUGUUACUCGAUGUGCUAUCGAGGAGAGAAUCUGCGCGGUUGGAGAUGUGUGCAAUUGGAACGCUCCUCCAUCUUACGGUCAGCCAUGAGGUUGCAGAGUGUUUAUUCUCCGGGGAGGAAGGGAUAGGUCGUGUCGACUUGGUGGUGCGCUUGGCGCGCUCUGGUUACGCACAUAGUACACGUGUGUAUGCGCUCUAUCUGCUUGCUUUCAUUGCGCAUUCUGAUCCAGAUGCUGGGCGUGUGGGCGGGGGUCGAACCGUCGUUGGCGAUGAUCAGGGACUACUGGGAGAAGAAAAGAGCUUCCGGCGCUCGGAGGGAGAGGAGGAGGAGGAGGAGGAGGACGAGGACGAGGACGAGGAGGAGGUGGUAGAAGGGAAGGGGAGGGAAGCUGAUCCGUCGACCAGGGGGGAUGGGUUGUCAUCGAUCCACAGGAGCAGGAUGACUGGAAGGAGGAGGAGGUGGAGAAGGAGGCGGAUUGAACUUGGCAGCAGCAGCUCUUAUGGCUAUGGCGGCCAUGGUGGAUCUUGUCGAGCUGACGACUCCUUGCCUUCUUCGUCGUCUUCUUCGCAAUGGGUAUGGCGCCGGCGAUGGAUCGAAUCUCCGCGGGACUGUUUCCGUCAAUCCGCUGUCGCUCUCGAUUCUCUCGUCCAGCUCGCCAGAUCCGAAUCUUGCUCCAAAGAUUGUAAGGAGAUCGUCGCCUUCAUCUUGGAAUCGUAUCUUGUAUCGGGAUCGGGAUCUGGAUCGGCAUCGGGAUCGGGAUCGGGAUCGGGAUCGGAUGGAAUCAUGGAUUGUGUUAAUCUUUCCGAGAUAAAGCAACUGUUACCUCUGUUGAAGGUCAGGUUCCAUUCGUCCCCAACGGAACUCUUCUUAGCCGUUCUGCUUCUCUGCGAUAUGUUCCUUGCCUUCCUCGUUCGAUUCGGAUCUGCUAAAAAUAGCAUCAAAUCUGACAGAAGACAGGGAAGGGGAGGUAGCAGUAAUCUCGUGAAAGAAGGAGAAGACGAGGAGGAGGAGGGGGAGGAGGAGGAGGAGGAGGGGGAUAGCGACAACAAGAACGGCGAAGAAAUGGUGGUGGUGGUUGAUGGUAACGAGAGGAGCGCGGGGUCGAUGGGCGGCGGGCGAAGCGGUCGACGACGAUCGUCAGCGGCUAUGGAUUUCAACUCGCUGGGGAAAGAACAAGCGGUGACGUGGCAGGAGGAGAGAGAGAGAGAGAGAGGGGCGGCUAUGGCGGCCAUGGAGGCACUGUUGGACGACGACUACGACGAAGAUGAAGAUGAAGAAGAUGAUGAGGACGACGACGACGAGGAGGAAGAAGGAGAAGAAGAAGACUAUGUUGUCAUGGACAACGUGAUCGAGAUAGCAACGGCAGGGAAAGGGAGGAGGACGACGGGGAGCAGAAGAUGGAGGAGAGAGGAGAAGCGGCAGCAACCGCAGCUGCACCAGAAGAAGAAGCAGAAGCAGAAGAAGAAGAAGAAGAAGAAGACGAAGACGAAGACGAAGAAGAAGACGAAGACGAAGAUUGUGCUUGAUCUCGUGCGGCUGCAGGUGGAUUCGUGGCAUGGACCUCUGUUGAAUGCUCGGGUAUUUCCAGACUUACUUCAAGAGUCGGGUAAAUGGUGCCAAUUUAUGCUUCCUUUGGUGAGAAAGCGGCUAUGGCGGUCAUCAUCUUCUUCGUCUUCUUCGUCUUCUCUACAUCGAGAUGAAAGAGGCCGCCCUCCUCUUCCCCACCCCUGUCCCAGCAUCCCGACCCCGUCUGUUCGAUACGUUUUGUCCUCUUCCGCGAGGCUCCUCGCUUAUCUGUUAUCCAAUUGGUUCCGGCGCUUCGUGAGAGAAAUCGACGAUCUCUUCGAAGACGAUAUCAUCAACGGCCGACCAAUCAAGUUAAUGGAUGCAGACGAUGGCCAGCGCCAACGUCAAGACGAAGCAAUCGACAGUCGACGACCCCCUGAGCUCUGUCCGGCUUUACCUUCAUCUUCCUCCCUCUCUGCAAUCACCAUCAUGGCGUUCGGAAUAACUGGACUCAUCCAUCGGGAUGAAUCCGACUGGGUAAGGAGGAUGGCCAGCUCAGCUCUCCUUCGAUUAAUGCAUCACGACCUCGGGAAACUGAUUGCUAACGUCAAAGAGGUGGUAGAGUUCCACUCACGCAUGGGCUUGCUCCAUUUGAGUGGCAGCGAGGCCAUAGCCGAGCUUCGAGAGCUCAAGGAUACCCUUCGACAAAACGGUCUUCCUCUCUGACCUUCGCCUCUCUCUCUCUCUCUCUCUCUCUCUCUCUCUCUCUCUCUCUCUCUCUCUCUCUCUCUCUCUCUCUCUCUCUCUCUCUCUCUUGCUCAAGUUCCGCCACCUCUUGUAUACGACUACUAUGUGAAAGCACGGGGAACCUGGUUGGGACUGCAUGGAAGCUCUCACGAACUACGUGGAAGUUAUGUGAAACCAUGUGCAGCCUAUCUGGUGCAAUGUGGAACCUAUCAGGAACCCCGUGGGACCACCACGAUCACGUGAACUUAUGUGGGACCACCACGAUCACGUGAACUUAUGUGGGACCACCACGAUGGAACAAACUACUAUGCGUUGA